AUGGCGUUCCUGGCGGCAGUAUUCGUUCUCUCCAUUCUGAAAAGCACCGAUGCACAAAGUGAGUCACUCGACACCGGAAAUUCAUUGAGCAAAUCUUUACAGCAUUCGCAUGCUCGAACACAGGGAUCAGUGACCAGGCACGAAAGAUGUUCUUUGAUGCUCACAACGACGCGAGACGGAGCGUUGCUCAAGGAUUGGAGCCCAACAAGUGUGGACUUCUACCAGCCGGAAAGAAUAUUUAUGAGCUGGUUGAUUGGUGACACUUUUAGAAAUUGUAUUUGAGCGUUUCAGAGAUGGGACUGUGAAAUGGAAGCAAAAGCUCAGGAGUGGGCAAAUGCGUGUCCCAGCUCUUGGCAGACUUAUGAUUCCACUUGGGGACAGAACAUGAUGACCUUCAGUGCGUCUUCGUUCCCAGAUCCAGUCGCAACAGCGGCCACUGCUGUAAACUCCUGGUGGGAGCCUAUCCGAACUGCGGGACUCACGGACCCUGACAACAAAUACACAAACAGCGCGCUUUUCAGUUGGGCAAAUGUUGGUUCUCUCGGAAACUGCCCGAUGAAAAGUAAAAAGCGUCGUUUUCCAGAUGGCAAACGGAAAAGCGACGGCGUUUGCUUGCGCAUACGCGCAAUGUGGAACCACGUUCUCAGUCACCUGUUUCUAUAACAAAAUGUUCGUUUGUUUGUUAUUCCGAUUCCUUUCCAGAUGUUUAAAUGAUUCAGCGGUUACAUCACCAACUCCAUUAUCUACGAAAAAGGAACUGCCUGCGCAAGUGACUCGGAUUGCACCACAUACACAAACUCUGAAUGCAAAUCCGGACUCUGUUACCAGCCAGCACCAGCGCCAGUAGUUGAGACGUUCACGAUGUGUCCAGGAGUGACGGACAUGUCCGACCAGGCCAGAAUGUCGUUCUUGGACACUCAUAACAAGCUGCGGUCGAGAGUCGCCAAGGGACUUGAGCCUGAUGGAAUCUCUGCAGGAGCGUUUGCACCAACCGCCAAACAAAUGACAAAAAUGGUCGGUCCCUGGAGAGAAAUUGAAAACAUGAAAACACAUGUUAACGUUUUUAUCCAAUUGCAGCGCUACAACUGCGAUGUGGAGUUGUCUGCCAAAAGCUGGGGUUCCGGAUGUGUCUAUGCUCACUCGGAUAGUACGCUGAGGCCGGGACUUGGAGAGAACCUCUAUAAGAUUUCCAUUUUGAAUUACAAUAAGAUUCAGUCCGGAGAAGAUGUUAGCAAACUACAGUAAUAUUCCACCGCCGACGUGUUUCAGGCUUCCAAUGCUUGGUGGUCAGAGUUGAAGGACUAUGGAGUGGGAUCCGACAAUAUUCUUACCAGUGAUGUGUUUGCAAGGGGUGUAGGACAUUAUACGCAGGUUUUUUUCUCAAAGUUUACGCGCAGAAAUCAUUGUAAAAAAGUAAAUUAACAGAUGGCCUGGGAAGGAUCGACUGAACUUGGAUGCUACGUGUCUCAUUGCCCAACAUUCAGCUACACUGUUUGCCAAUACGGACCCGCGUUAGUGUCAGUUUUCUUAACGCCCACGCAUGUUAUUUUUUUCCAGCGGCAACUACCUCAACCAACUAAUUUACACAAAAGGCUCGCCGUGCACCGCUGACGCCGAUUGUCCGGGAGCUCAAACAUGCAGUGUCUCCGAAGCGUUGUGUGUUCUUCCCUAG